AUGUGUAAACUGUCUAGUUGUGUGACUUUGCUGUUUGAAGACGAGAGGGUUGACUGGACAGACUGGAUAAGGAAAAAAAUCAUGAAAGGAUUUUUACUCGCUAUUCUCGGCUUAUUCUUGGGAUGGAUUCAAUUUUGGAUCCACUGCUGUGUUCACAUUGCAGCCGCAAUCACUGCCGUUAUCCACAUCUCAUCCGCUCUCAAUAGAAAACGGAGAAAUACCGACUACACCUCACUAUCAUCAGAAUCAUCUUCAUCCUCGGCUGUCUCACAGAAUAAUAGCCGUCGCCAGAGAUCUUUUCAACAAUCGCAGCUCAGCACACAACUAUUACUAAAACAACAGCAGAAACAAAAGAUGUACCGAACCCAACAGAACCAGCCUGAGGCCAAAAAAAGGCCAUCUUAUGUUCAGCGGCUACCCAACGAGGUUCUGAUGGUUGUGUUUGAAAUGGUCGGCACCGGUGGUCGCAAAGCCGAUCUUUUGAACUGCACCCUAGUCAGCAAACUCUGGCACGAUUUAGUCACACCUGUACUCUGGAGAGCCCCCAUCCCCACACAGCCAAUUUGCUGGCUAUCCUCCCCAUCCACACUUGCAUUAUUAUCUGCUUCAUCUUCAUCUUCUUCAUCUUCUUCAUCAACCUCAUCAUCAUAUUCUUUUUAUUCUUCUAAUUCCACUUUAUCACCACCAUCAUCAUCUUCUUCUUCUUCUUCUUCUUGUUUUUCAAAUUCCAAUGGUCUGCGGUCCAACAAAUGGCAUACGUCCCAUCCACAAAAGGAAGAACAAAAGCCUUACCAGACCUAUAGUAAAACCAGUAGCCCAGAUAUGGAGGUAAAGGAUGUUCAUAGGGUUUCGACCGGCUUUCCAAUCCACCUGCCAAAGUACGGACAUGCAAUCCGCAACCUGACCCUUUCGUCGCCGGCUCUUCACAUCACAGACUGCUCGGUCAGACACAUCCUCAAAUACUGCCCCAACCUUGUCUCGCUCCAGCUGGCCAACUGCAGACACAUCACAAACGACAGCCUCCGCAGCCUCAGCCGGGCCCAAUGCGCUCCUCAUCUCCGGGUCCUCAACCUUCAGAACUGUGUCCAAGUCUCGGACACCGGCCUGACUUACCUUGCAGCCGAGUGCAGUUCGCUCGAGAUAAUCCAAUUGGGUGGCUGUGUCCGCAUCUCGCACCAAGGUGUCACACACCUCGUCAAGGCGUCUAGUCGCACUCUUAGGCGCCUUUGUCUGAGUGAUUGUGGCCGCGUGACAGGUGUGACGAUACACCAGAUUGCCAAACUGUGUCGCACACGUCUUGAAUGGCUCGACAUUGCCCGCAUUGGUGCCGUACAGCACGCUGAUCUCGCUGCCCUGGUCAGCUAUUGUCCAAAUCUCACCCGCCUGAACCUCGCCAGGCCAAAAUCGAUGCUACUCCGCCAACUCCAGCAACAUCGACAGGAACAAAGACGUCUACAACAUCAGCAAUAUCGGUCAAGCCAACAGACACAGACACAGACACAAAACGAUGACGAUUAUAUGUUGCCUUUAUUAGAGUCCCAGGUCAACCCUCUGGAUGAACUCAUCGACAUGUUACGUAGAUACAAUGUCCAGCCUGCGAUUUCAUCCCUGUUUGCGCACAACCAGAGAUUCGAACAGCAGUACCAGCAGCUAGCCAAACUAGACGAUGUUUCGGAUGCUUCCCUCGAACUGAUCAUCACACAGCUACCCCGCCUAGCCCACCUUGACCUUUCCCACUGGACCUGUCUCACAGAUGGUGCCAUCUGUGUCCUGGCCAAGCAUGGACUAGCACUGACCCACCUCAAUCUGUCGGGUUGCAAAAACAUCACCUAUCGCGUGUUUGGAUACCUUUCUAGUCUAUGUCAUCGCAACGAGAAAUUGACCAACAUCACACUUGGUGAAUUUGUGCCCCUUCAUGAACCACCACCACUUGCUCCUACCAAUCCAUCCACAGCUAAUACAUCACCAGCUAAUACAUCACCAGCAUUGGCAGCAUUAGCAGCAGCAGUAGCAACAACACAAGCAAGAAGAAGAGUAAGAAGACCAGCUACCGGUACUACUAUUAGUACCACUACUAUCAGUACUACUAGUACAACAGCAACAACAACAAUAAGAGGAACUGGUUCUUCUUCUUCUAUAUAAAUCAUCUUGGCGACAAUUAUAAAGAAUGAUCUUUUAUAUACAUACAUAUAUUUCUAUUCAAAAAAAAAAAUUAUUAUUAUUAUUAUUAUUAUUAUUAUUAUUAUUACUUGUUAAUGUUAGUUUAUUUGUUCUUGUUCUUUAUUUUUAUUGUUCUCUUUUGUUGUUAUACUACUAUUCCUCUUACUAUUACUAUUAUUAUUUAUAAUAUAUUUAUACUCUUUCAUUCAUCCUUUACAAACCCAAAAAAAAACCUUAAAAAAAAAAAGCCCAAUUCUUUUACGUUCUUGUAUAUAUAUACAUACCCACUUACUUGCUUACUUUGUUGGUUAGUUAGUUAGUUUCAUACAUAUUUAUUUUAUUAUCUUAAUAUCCUGUACCAUUUUCAUUCUUUCAUACUAUUUCCAAAAAUAAAAAUAAAAUAUAUAUAUAU